UUCCAUGGAUUUUCCGCGAAUGGGUUUUCAUCAUAUUCCUCCAGUAAUAAAUUUCAGGCCAUUUCAGAUGUGGGACUUGUAAUGAGUGAAAUGUAUAAUUUUAUGAAUGAAAAUAAUGUUCUAUCGUCUGUUCCGUGGUCGUUUAACAUUCAAACUUUACGUGCUAUUAGCAAUUAUUAUAAUUGUUUCCAUAAGCGGAUAUCUAUUCCCACAGUUUAAAUAUUUUAAUCCUAUAGCUCCAGUGACUGUUGCUCCCAAUGCCUUGCAUACGCGGACAUCACGACACUUGUCCAAAUUAUUGACUGUUGUGUUCCGGCAGUUUGAUGAUUUUGAGAACGAUGUCGCGGACAGCGUGCAGUCUUUCGUCACCGCAUUCCCAAACAUGCCCGUGGUGGUCGUCUCCGACAGUACACCGUACCCACCGUUCCCGUUUUCAGCUACGAACGACACGUUACGAAACGUUAAAGUGGUUUCUCUAGAACUGAAACUAGAUUCAUCACCGCGCGAUUUGAAUCCUCUCACUCACAUCCUUACUGAGUAUGUGUUAUUUGUACCUGAUUCUGUCCGUGUCUUACGCCGGGCGCUGCAACAGGCAGCCGUUGUUGCGACGGCAUUCCCAGCGAACGCUAUAGCUUUAGGAGUGGCUAAUACCCACCUAAUUUGCCAGCAAAUAAAGUGGAACUAUGCAGACUGGACGCUUCAGUAUAACAAGGAUGCAUCUGGAAAGCUCUGUGAUGCUGUGCAUGGCCCACAUGCGCUGUUAAUCAGGACUGCACUGUUGCAAACAUUACCUCAACCGUUUGCAUUGCCUUUUCCGGAGUCUUUAUAUUUGCAAACUAGUGUAAAGAAAGUUAAAGUACAAAUUGCAGAUGGCAAACUAGGAGCAGGGCGUAGUGUUCUGAAAUCUCCUGGAGCACGCCAGAGAGUGUCUCGUCGCAUGAGGGAUUACCGAGUAGCUCUCUAUAAACAGCUGGGUGUGAAAGCUGUUGUGAGGGAAGACGGGAGAGUGCAAUGGUUUGGUUGUAAAAGGGAGGGCCAGCGAUGCUACCCAUCAGUUCAAGGCACGCCAUCGUACAUUCUGUCAGGGCGCAACACGCCGCCAUGUUGUCGCAGGAAUAUGCGACGCACAGCAGGGCAUGUGUUGCGAGCGUUAUUACAAGCUGGCGCGCGCUGCUGGCUAGAAACUACGUCGCUACUCGGCGCUGUCGUUCAGGGCGACCUGUUACCAUGGGCGGAGUACGCCGAAAUCGGCAUCCAUGCGUCCGACGUAUCCCGCGUGGCUUGGCUACAAAGAGGCGGUGCCGACGCCGACGGUUUCGUUUGGGAGCGCGCCACCAAAGGCCACUACUACCGAGUGGCGUUCUCCGCUACCAACAGCGUGUAUGUACUGGUGCUGCCCUUCACGGCGAGAAACGGAACUAUGUGGCCGGCGGACUGGGUGCUGGCGCAUCAGAAGGAGUUCUCGGAACGGCAUUUACACCCUCUUGCACAGAUAUCAUUCGCCGGCCGUCAAGCCCCGGCGCCGAAUGACGCACGCGCAUUCCUCGACGCCAAACUCGGUGCGGGCUCAGUGGAGCGAUGCAACAAAAUAGGCCCGAAGUUGCUCUACCCAUAGUAUUGCUACAGCACACAAUAGACGUAAGAGAAAAUGUAAGAGACUACUUUAGUAAAGCACAACACACACUCUUUUAAAAUAGUCAAGUUUAAGUAAUGCGACAAAUUUUAUUUAGGGUUCUCUACAAUAUUGUGGACCAGCUACAAGUAUUUAAAUGUUGAUUGGAAAUUAACAAUAGCGGUACUUCGCCCUAAUGUUGUUUAAUUUAGUUGGCUUUGGCACGAUCUGUAGCUGGAAUACAAAGUAAAUUACAACCAUCUGUUAUAUAGAUGACCCACGCUGAACUGUCCCGCCAAACUCAAUGACAGGGGGGCGCU